AUGUGGUUCACAUAUGUUAUUUAUUGUUUGCAGCCCUGUUCGUUCAGCAACAAUUACCAAUGGAUUCAUUUAAAAUCAUUGGGAAUGUAAUUAAUAAAAUAUUACAACGAGAGUCUCCCGGAAGACUCUUUCCAACAAGAGACUGCGAUAGACUGGUUAUCAAUGAUUUACAUGUUAGUUUACAUUCCCCUGAUAUUUCCUGCAACGUGGCUGCUUGACAAGAAAGGCCUUAGAGUGAAUAUGAUCUGCGGAGCGUUCCUGAACGCUUUAGGCGCUUGGAUUAAAUGCGCAUGUGUAUCAUCUGACAGGUUUCCGGUCCUUAUGUUUGCCCAGACGCUUUGUGCAAUUGCGCAGAUAUUUAUUCUAGGAAUUCCGGCUCGUCUUGCAGCUGUCUGGUUUGGUCCAAACCAAGUGUCAACCGCAACUUCUAUAGGUGUCUUUGGCAAUCAGGUUGGGUGUGCAACAGGGUUUCUUAUACCUCCGUUACUUGUUCGUAAUAGCGAAUCUUUAUCUGAGAUUGGUAAAGGACUUAGUACCAUGUUUUACAUGUCAGCUGGUGUUACUACCGCACUUUUCAUUGUUAUACUGAUAGUGUUUAAAGCGAAACCCCCGACUCCCCCUAGUCAUGCUCAGAUGCUCAUAGAGCAAGGAGAUAGCCAGGAAAACUAUUUUACCUCACUCAGGAAUCUGUUCCAUAACUCGAAUUUUAUUUUAUUGUUCCUAACGUAUGGUAUAAAUACCGGAAGUUACUACGGCAUCGGGACGCUCCUCAACCCCGUCAUACUCCACUAUUUCCCGGGACAUGAAGAGAACGCUGGUCAGAUAGGGCUAGAUCUUGUACUAGCUGGUAUCGUCGGUGCUAUUGUUGCUGGAAUUUGGUUGGACAAAACUAAAUCAUUCAAACCAACUACUGUAGGGAUUUAUUUCUUAUCAAUGAUAUGUAUGAUUGUAUUUACGUUUACAAUGGAUGUAGAUCUGAUCUGGGUUGUGUUUAUCACUGCGGGGGCUUUAGGGUUUUUUAUGACAGGCUACCUACCGGUUGGGUUCGAAUUUGCGGCUGAAAUCACGUAUCCGGAAUCUGAGGGUACAUCGUCCGGUCUUUUAAAUGCAUCUGCCCAGACGUUUGGUAUUAUUGUCACCAUUGGGAUGCGUGCAUUGAUGAACCAAGUGAGCGUUUUGUCAGCAAAUAUUACCGUAUCAGGGAUUCUUCUAGUUGGAACAAUAAUGACAGCAUUUAUCAAAGCUGAUUAUAGACGCCAGGAGGCCGGUAAAAGUGCUGUGGAAUAUGUGGACCAUGACAAUAUAAAUGUGAAUAUAACUGAUGAAAAUACAGGAUUGAAGAUGGCAAACAUGAAAAAAUGAUGAACCAGUUGUGUUAGCUUCAGUCAACUGUACGAGAUCUAUUUCCAUAAUCAUUUGUUAGCCGGUUUCAGUUAUUUUUUUAUUUUCGUUAUUAGAUAUUACAUGUACCUCGUUACCUCGCUUAGUUACUUUUCUUUCCGUUUCAUUUUUCAAAUUAAAGCCAGGUGUUGUAACCUUUACUAUUUUCAUUAUUAGUUGUUUCCCAGCUUAUGUUACUUUUAUUGUUUCUAUGAUCAGAUCUUAGUUUGUUUUACUGACAUUAGUUUUCACCAUCAUUUACGGUAUUACAGCGCUUUAGUUACUUUUUUUGUAUCAGAUGUUAGUCUAAUUUAGUUACUUAAAUUAAUUCCUUAAUAGUCUGCUUUAGUUACUUUUACUGUUUUCGUGAUUUGAUAUUACCGCGCUUUAGUUACUUUGUCUUUAGUUACUUUUGUCGUUGUUUGUCUGAUUUAGUUACUUUCUAUUAAUUUCGUUAUUAGAUGUUAUAGACUGUUUUAGUUAUGUUAAGAGUUUUCAUGAUCUGAUAUUUCUCAUCUUUACUUACAAUUAUUGUUGAAACCACUCUUAAAUUUAUUUUUACUGUUUUAGUGAUGUAAUAAUUCCCCGCUUUAGUUACUUUAUUUUCGUGAUAGCGUGGUUUAGUUACUUUUGUCAAGUUACACAGAAGAGGUCAUAUGGCGACUUUUCAGGUUCCCCGUUUGGGUAAGACCUCAGGUGCCCUUCCGUGCCUUAUUUCAGACUCGAAUCGACACCUGAGUAGAACCACCGACGUUUCGUAAGCUUGCUGGAUAGCUUCGUCACAUGAAAUAAUCUGACGUCUGUUGCGGGAUUCGGAAUUACAGCGGUGAGGAGCAAGUGUUAGAAGUCAACGACCUUAACCACUCGGCUACGGAUGCCCCUAUAAGUUUUUUUAUAAGUAAGGAAGUAAUAUGAUCUAGAAAUAAACAAGCAUGCUUUAUCACA